AUGAAAAGUUCUCGUCACAGAGACUUAGUAGACUUUUAAAUUUAUUUGAAAUAUAGUAGCAAUUAUUUUUUUAUUAAAGCUGUUUUGUUAUGUUUUAAUAUUAUGUUUUAGAAUAUUAUGCACAUACUACAUGUGAGUAAAUUUUAACUAUCAAAUUUUAUUUAGAAACAAGAAUCUUUUCUAGCUUUUUGACACAAAUUUAACCUCUAUAAAUGUCAAGUGUGAAAAUGUGAAAUAUCAUUUAAUAUAAUACAGUACUAUAAAUAAAAAUGAGCGAGACGUCUGAAACACAAAAUAAAGAUAUUGGUCCCGGAGUAAUAACUGAGCAAGAACGUGAAUUGGCUCAAAAUGCGUUAUCUGAAUUUCAAAAGGGAGCAUACAUUAACUGUCUGUUGUAUUUAAAUAAACUGGAAACCUUAAGGCCCAAAGACUUGAAAGUAAUGCAUAAUAAAGUUGUAGUAGAAUGUUAUAAGAAUGAUUUGAAGAAAACAGAAUUAUUAAGGAAAAGCUUGAAUGCAAUAUGCGGACAAAUGUCUACAAUAGAUUCGACUGAAACCAUAGAUGAUAUUGAGAAAUGUGUUAUGAGAUAUAAUCAAGCAGUUUUAUUAUAUCAUACAAAACAUUAUAAUGCUUCGCUUCAAAUUAUGAAUAGGUUAUUUGCUUUUAUAGAGCCCAUGGAGGAAUCACUAGCACAUAAAGUAUGCCUUCUGUUGAUAGAACUACAUAUAGUAACAGAACAACCAGAUGCAGCAUUAUCUUUAAUUAAUUAUAUAGAAAGUCAACUUAUAUCCACAGAUAAUUCUAAAAUUUCGUCUGUUGAUAAAGAAGGUAUAAUAAAAUCCAUGAAAGAACAGAAGGAACCAAAAAAAGAAGUUGAUGUAGUUACAGAUGCAUUCAAAUUGAAAUUAUUAAAGUGCAAAGCUAGGAUAUAUCUUAUGAUGCAUCAACUGAAACUAUGUAAAAGAGAGUGGAAGAUAUUAGUCUCUAUGGGUACACCUGUAAAUAUAUCAACUGUAUUUUUGAAAGCUAAUCUUGAAUAUUUAAGAGGCAAUUACAAGAAAGCCAUUAAAUUACUGAAUUCUGUAACAUCUGAGAAUUUAGAUUUUAAGACUUGUGGAGAGUCUUCUGCUGUACUAUAUUAUAAUAAUAUGGCAUGUUUACAUCUUGCUAUGGGUAAACCAAAUUUAGCAUGUUUUUAUUUAAGAAAAGCUUUACAUGAAAAUAAAUGUGCUCUAGAAAGUAUACAAGUAAAAGAUAACGAUACUUUAUCAUCACGACCAUUAUAUACACUUGGUGGAAAUAAACAUUAUGAAUUAAUGUAUAGUUUAGGUGUAUCACUAUUGCAUGCAGGACAAGCAUCAGUUGCUUUUGAUUGUUUCAUGGAAGUUGCACAAAAACUUCAUAACAAUCCUAAAUUGUGGUUAAGGAUUGCUGAAUGUUGCAUUUAUUGUCAUAAACCAACAAAUGAAGUUGACUUUAAUAUUCCGAAACGAAGGAAAGAUCUAGUGCAAAAAGUUGUUGGUAGUGGAAUUUAUAGGAAAAUUAUUUUAGCCUCUUCUCUCUCCAAAGAUAUAAAGUAUCAUUCUGAAGGUUUUCCUUUUGCUAUACCACAAUUAACAUUGGAAUUUGCCUCUCUAUGUUUAAAAAAUGCAUUAUUUUUACUGCCAAAUAAUAAUGAAAUUAAUAUACCAAUUACAACGAUCGCUGGUCCACAAACAGUACCUUUAUCAUUAACAGCUGGUCAUAAUUUAGGUGCUCAACAUUCAACUUUAAUAUCUCAAACUACUGCUGUCGAAGCAUUAAAUUUAAAAAUUAGCGUACUGGCUGCAAGUGCUUACGUAUGCUUAUGCCUUGGUGAUUAUGUUAUUGCGCUUGAACAUGCUAAAUCACUAUUAAAUAUUAAUAAAUUACCUGGAGCAUAUAGAAUGUUGGGUAAUCUUUACGCAGCAGAAAGUUUAAUAUUUAUGGAUAAAAUUAGCGAAGCUAUUGAAUAUCUUAAACCAGAAAACAUUCAAGACUUAAAUACUUCUGUACUUAUUCCUGAAACUCAAGAUAAAGAUAAAGAAAAAUUGGAUGAGGUUAUUUCAAAGCCAAUAAAAAUGUGGUACCCGACAACAGUUCCUACGGGUAUUGCUGUACUCCGUUAUAACUUGGCUGUGGCUUAUGCAAUCCGUGGUGAACUUGAUAAGUCUGGAGAAACCUUAAAACAGGUUUGGAUGUCAAAGGGUCCAGAUUGUGAUGUUCCUAUACAUGUAAUAAUGUUAGCUUUAUAUAUAGAAUUGCAAUUAGGUCAUGCAGAUAUUUCAAGAUCAAUAAUAAAACAACAUUGCCCGCAGUACCGUUGACGGUAAAUUUUAUAUUUAUGUAAAUUUUUCUUUUCAUGACUGUAAAUAAACAUAUACCUUAUAAAAAGUCAAAAA